AUGCAUCUCUCAUGGCUGAUCGUCAGUGCCAUUACAGGCGUACAGGCCUUCUACCCGUGGGAAUUACGGGUGGAAUUGCGUGACACGGACACCCUCGAGCGUCGCUUUAUGCCCUGGAGUUUGAUCGAGGCCAAGACCGAUGACGACAACAUUCCGACCCUCAACCUGAAGAAGGUCCCGGUGCGCCGCGAUCAUACUUACAAGAUUGUCGAAGCCUACACACCGAAAUUGAAGAACAGUGCACCGCUGGACCAGGAUGGCACGGACUACUCGUAUUUUUGCUCCGUGCUAGUGGGCUCCGAGAAGACCGAGAUGUGGAUGGCACUGGAUACCGGCGCUCCCAACACCUGGGUCUUUGACUCCGAAUGCACAGAGGAAGUGUGUACCCGACACCACACGUUCGAUCGCUCCAAAUCAACCAGUUAUUCCACCGAGGACUCGACGUUCAGUCUCGGCUAUGGAAGUGGGAAUGUAACCGGAAAAUUGGGCACGGAUGUUCUCUCGCUCGCAGGUCUCGAAGUGGAACAGGAGUUUGGUCAGGCCAAUUACGCCUCCAAGACAUUUGAGAGCUAUCCUUUCGACGGAAUCCUAGGCCUCGGUCGAUCACACACGAAUGGAUGGAGUCUUCCCUCGUUCAUGGAUAUGGUUGCAAAGAAGAAGCUUCUCAAGUCGAAUCUGGUCGGAUUCAGUCUCUCGCGAGCGGCAGACGAUGCAAAGGACGGAGAGGUCAACUUUGGGGGCGUGGACACCACCAAAUACGACGGAACGAUCUCCUACACCAGCACGGAUGCCGACAUCUGGAGUAUCCCCGUCGACGAUGCCUAUGUCAAUGGCAAGAGCUGCAACUUUACGGGAAAGUCCGCCACCAUCGACACCGGCACGACGUACCUCCUGAUUCCCCCAUCGGACGCCGCGACUCUCUUUGAUCUUGUCCCUCACGCCUCGCAACAGUCGGGCAAUCCCAACAACUACAUUAUUCCCUGUAACUCCACCGCAACCAUCCAAUUCGAAUUUUCAGGCGUCAAGUAUUCGAUUUCCGCCAAAGACUACGUCGGCAGCGCCGUUUCAGAGGGCUCAGACUACUGCAUCUCGACCAUUGUCGGCUAUGCAUCCAACGGCGCCAACUGGCUUGUGGGCGAUGUCUUCUUGAAAAACGUGUACACCGUGUUCGAUUUCGACAACAACAAAAUUGGAUUCGGUCAGCUCGCCUCCGCUUCUCAAUCCUCGAACUCCUCCACCACCACGGCCACAGGAAAUGGCACCUUCACUGCACCCCCAGUCACUGGCACUGCUACAUCCGAUGCCACCGGCACCACCGCACCCUCCACCGUGCCCACUAUGGCUGUCAGUUCGGCUUCCCACAUCCGCAGCAUCAGCUGGUCUAUGCUUCCGGUCGCCCUCUGCGCCUUGAUUAUUUGA